CGGCGGUGGACACGCGCGGCCCACGGCACACAGGCGGCUUACACGCGUAUAAAGGGUGGCGUCGCGAUGCCCUGAUCGCCAUAUCCCGCGUAGACAGCAAACUCGCGGCGCCCGGCAUCGACCAAGCCUCGACCACCUUCAGCCAGCGACCGUGAGCCACGUGAAACGGAAACGGAGGAACGAUCUCGCGUCCCAGGGGAGCAGCUACACGUCCAAGCAACAGAUAAAGCAAACACAGAGGUCACAAUGAGGACUAGAACAGGUGUGCUUACAUCGUGCGUGGCUUUUCUCUACUUGGUUGGAAUUGUCGGGAAAUCAGUCCUGGCAAUCGAGGAAACACCAGCUUCUCCCAUGAAUUACAACUCGAUGUUAAAUUCCAUGGGAUUUGACGAACCUGUGCCUGAAAAGAGAGCGUACACCUAUGUGUCUGAGUAUAAAAGGCUACCUGUCUACAAUUUCGGUAUUGGAAAGCGUUGGAUCGACACUAGCGACAAUAAGAGAGGACGCGAGUACUCGUUCGGCCUUGGCAAGAGGACAAGGCAGUACAGCUUCGGGCUGGGCAAACGGGACAACUUGGACUACCCAGCCAGACUGAGCCUGGACUACUUCCCGGACAGCUUGGCCUCCCACUCUCAAGAGACCAUGGACGACUUCCACGAGGAGAAACGUGGCCGACAGCCCUACAGCUUCGGCCUGGGCAAGAGGGCGGUGCACUUCAACGCCGGACAGCCGGUGGGAUCCCCCAAGAUGCCCAACCUUCUCACCCAGAGAUACCACUUUGGCCUCGGCAAGAGGAUGCCCGAGGACGAGGAAGACUCGUUGCAAUAAGGCCUGAACCUCGCACGACGACCAGCCACUGACCGCGUCGCCGGCUUCACGGCAAUGUAGCUCUAAUUCGAUGUCGCAGAGUUUUAUUGUCAAACGAAGUAUAUCGAUAACGCAACAAUAAAGACACGUUUUGAAGUUUCAACGUCUCUUCAACGAGUUCUUCGUCUCUUUUCGUUUCGUUCUCGAUUCGGUUCCCUGCGUUCUUGCUACUCGCGUGGAGGCUAAUCGGUGGAGGAGUGGAAUUGGAAAUCUGGGAUGUUUGAGAGCGUUUGAGAUCGUCCAGGGGUGUUUGGCACGGUUGGUUCUGGCCUUGACAGGGACAGCGAGCGAACGCAGAGCUGGGUGGGCAGGGAAAUGGCGGUUUGAGG